UGAAUUGACUUCCUUGCAGUAGCCUCUUGUUUGCACACAAAGGGGACACAUAUGCGCAGGGCAGCAGGACUGCUCAAACCAUGAAUUACGUCGGACAGUUAGCAGGCCAAGUAUUUGUUACUGUGAAGGAACUCUACAAGGGAUUAAAUCCGGCUACAUUAUCUGGAUGCAUUGAUAUAAUUGUUGUACAGCAGCCAAAUGGCAAUCUCCAGUGCUCCCCGUUUCAUGUCCGUUUUGGGAAAAUGGGGGUGCUACGUUCCAGAGAGAAAGUGGUGGACAUAGAAAUUAAUGGGGAAUCUGUCAAUUUGCACAUGAAACUCGGAGAUAAUGGAGAAGCAUUUUUUGUUCAAGAAACAGAUAAUAAUCAGGAAAUAAUUCCAUCACAUCUAGCAACAUCCCCUAUUCUAUCUGAAGGAGCUGCACUAAUGGAAUCACAACUGAAAAGGAACUCUGUAGAUAGAGUGAGAAACCUAGACCCUUCUGGAUCCACACAGAUUCCAAUUGCAACCCAGUCUCCAAGCGAGAAUCCCACGGGUUGCGGCUCAGUGAAGAAAAGAAGGAAAAGGAGAAGAAAAACCAAGCUAGACAGUUUAAAAAGGGAAGACAAUGUGAACACCUCAGAAGAUGAUGAUAUGUUUCCUAUUGAAAUGAGUUCAGAUGAGGAAGGUGAACCUGUGGACAAUACAAAAUGUGCACAAAUAACUCCUAUACAUGAUGCAUCUGCCUUCCUGGAUGAAGUUUCUGAGAUUAAGACCUCCCCAGUUACUACUUAUCCCCAAUCCUCAUCAUACCCCAAUCCAGAAGGAGAAUGGUCACCAAUUCAAAGUAAGCCUGUUGAUUGUACAGUGAUACCCCCUCAUCUUCUGGUGGCGGUAGAAGGUGGUCUUUCUAGUUCUUGCCCUACAAAGUCUUCUUCUUUUCCUGCUUCACAAAGCCCCUCGUGCUCCCGACCCUCCACUCCGAAAAGUGAUUCGGAAUUAGUCAGCAAGCCUUUGGAGCGAGGACUGCAGAAGAACAAUCCGGAGAUGCACUGGCCUUGGGGAGAACUGCCUCAAGCUGCAAAGACUAUUUCUCUACAUAAGGCAAAAGAAUCUAGCUCAGUGAAUAUAAACCUUUCUGAAAAUACACACUUUCGGAUCAUUCAGAGUGAAUCUUCAGAAAAUUUGAGCGACCUGUCCCCUUCAUCAGCGUUGGGACCACCAGAUGAUAUACCUUCAGAAGAACCCGGACCUUCCCCAGGUCCAGAUUUUAUGACUGAAACAGAUGUAGAGGCUUUAGGAGCAGAAGCACCACCAGUACCUACGAAUGAAGAACCAAAGCCACCCACAAUUAACUUAAACCAACCAAUGAGUAAGACAGAUUCUCCUUCCCGGAAGAAAGAUAAACGAAGCAGGCAUCUUGGUGCUGAUGGUGUCUACCUAGAUGAUCUUACUGCUAUGGAUCCUGAAGUUGCUGCACUUUACUUUCCCAAAAAUGGUGAUAAUACUGUACCUGUUAAAAUGGUGAAUGAAAAUGGAACUCGCUCUGCCAACCAGUCCCCUCAGUCUGUGGGUAGUUCGGGUGUUGACAGUGGAGUUGAAAGCACCUCAGAUGGAAUGAGGGACUUGCCGUCUAUUGCCAUCUCACUCUGCGGAGGACUUAGUGAAAAUAAAGAAAUAACUAAAGAUGAGUUUUUAGAACAAGCGGUGUCAUAUCAGCAGUUCGUAGACAACCCUGCUAUCAUCGAUGACCCCAACCUUGUCGUAAAGAUUGGGAAUAAAUAUUACAAUUGGACAACAGCAGCUCCUCUACUCCUUGCAAUGCAGGCCUUCCAGAAACCUUUGCCAAAGUUGUGUGCCACCGUGGAAAACAUCAUGAGGGAUAAGAUGCCAAAAAAGGGAGGAAGAUGGUGGUUUUCAUGGAGGGGGAGGAACACUACCGCUAAAGAGGAAAGCAAGCCAGAAGACUUGGAUGGAAAAGAACUUAAUACAGGAGAGCGGUCAUCUCAGAUGGGCAUUGGAAACAGAAUCAAGGAUGAGUCAUCUUCAAGCGAUGAAGAACAUACAGCGGCCAAACAAAGUAACUCCAGUCACCUCCCCCAUUUGUCUGGCGUCAGCUACAAAAAGACACUUCGGCUCACUUCAGAGCAACUGAAAAGCCUUAAAUUAAAAAAUGGUCCCAAUGAUGUGGUCUUCAGCGUUACUACACAAUAUCAGGGCACUUGUCGCUGUGAAGGCACCAUAUAUUUAUGGAACUGGGAUGAUAAAGUUAUUAUUUCUGACAUAGAUGGAACUAUUACUCGGUCAGACACUCUGGGUCAUAUAUUGCCCACACUUGGCAAGGAUUGGACACAUCAGGGGAUUGCAAAGUUGUAUCAUAAAGUGAGCCAAAAUGGAUACAAGUUCUUGUACUGCUCAGCCCGGGCUAUAGGGAUGGCAGACAUGACAAGAGGGUAUUUACAUUGGGUUAAUGAGAGGGGCACAGUACUACCACAGGGACCCCUGUUACUGAGCCCAAGCAGUCUGUUCUCAGCUUUGCACAGAGAAGUAAUUGAAAAGAAACCUGAAAAAUUUAAAGUUCAGUGUUUGACUGACAUUAAAAAUUUGUUUCAUCCUAAUAUGGAGCCCUUUUAUGCUGCUUUUGGAAACAGACCUGCAGAUGUUUAUUCCUACAAACAAGUGGGAGUCUCACUGAAUAGAAUAUUCACUGUAAAUCCCAAAGGAGAACUUGUCCAAGAACAUGCAAAGACCAAUAUCUCAUCCUAUGUGAGACUUUGUGAAGUGGUAGAUCAUGUGUUUCCUUUACUGAAGAGAAGCCAUUCUUCUGAUUUCCCUUGUUCAGAUACCUACAGCAAUUUCACCUACUGGAGAGAGCCAUUGCCCCCUUUUGAAAAUCAAGAUGUUCACUCUGCCUCAACAUAAAUGUACCCUCAGCCUGUUGUCAUCAACAGAAUGGUCUGACUAGCAAAUGAUUAAAGAAAAAGUUUUGUGAACAGUCCAGCUGGACUGUGUGGUAGUGUGAGCUGAAAUUAAAAUCACUUAGAAAUGUUUCUUUUUCUAAACCAAUAUUUCUAAAUGAUUCACGAAGAGCAGUAGUCAGGGGUGUUACCCACUUAUGCUUCUUCAUUCCAUCAUUUGUAUCGGAAGCCCAGUCAGGAGGGCAGUAUGUACUCACCAGCUCCAGCUAAGGAGAGUUAACGUGCAAUGUAGGUUAAUGAAACCAAACCAAAGUGUCCGUAGGAGUUGAUGUUGAUCUCAGUUUUAUUCAGGAGAGCCUAAAGUGUACAAUUUAUAUGAAAAGUGGGGGAGAUGACAUCAGCCCUGAUUUGUGAAACUUUUUCUGAGCCAUAUAUCUCCCAAGCACCCCAACACUUUCGAGGAGUGUCUUGAAUGUUUAAGUAAUCUUUGUACUAG